AUGGCUUCCACCGGCCGCACAGCAACUGUGGCGCUGGGCGCUGCAGGUGCUGCCGCCCUUUGUAGCACAGCUUUCGUGGCGCCAACGGCGCAGACGAAGAGCCUCCGCGCCACUAGGGCCGGAGAGGCUGUCUCAGUCCCCACGGCCGACAGAGCCACUAGCAGCAGCGCCCUGAGCAUUGGCUUGGGUGCUGCGUCCACGGCACUUGCUUUGGGCACGGCUGCAUCCAAGCGGGUGCAGGUCGGCUUCAGCAGCUCCUCAAAACGAGUGGCUCUGAACGCCUUUGAAAGCGAGCUCGGGGUGCAGGAUCCCGUGGGUUUCUGGGAUCCAGUGGGGUUCACCUCAGAUGGAGAUGUGGCGGCCUUUAAGAGGCGUCGCUCCGUCGAGCUGAAGCAUGGCCGCAUCUCGAUGAUGGCCACUAUGGGUUACAUUACACCAGAGAUCACCGGCAAACUGCCUCGUUCUCAGAAUAGCGAUGUCGCAGAUGCAUUUGCUUCUUUUUCGGAGCGGGAUGACGAGUGGUGUGAUCACAUCCACAACUCUCGCAUUGACGAUGCUUGGCUUCUUUUUAAGCCUCAGUCCGUCGACGCAGGGAGUCUUUCCAUCCGUGUUGCACGGCUUUUUAAGUUGCAGCGUCGCAUUCAGGAAUGCGCCUUCCAGUUUGCCUCAGGUCUGCUUACAGACUCACAGCUUGCCGCGAUUACUCGCGACCUUAGUCAGUUGUGCAGUUGCGACUUUUCGUCUCUGUCCCUUGCUGCGGAACAAGUCAAAAACUCUGUGCAUUGCGAGCUGCAACUUGAGAAUCGCAUUCGCAUCAAUAAUUGGCGUUCCAAACUUCAAGCUAGUUGGAGCGCAACCAAGCAGGCAGUCUACAAGUGGAUUCGCUUGCGCAAGGCUCUGACGGCCACACCUGAGUUUACAACCACGCCCAGCGGCCUGUGUGCCGCACCUGAGGUUUUGUUGCAAAAAGUCGUUAAAAAAUGGAGUGACAUAUACCGGCACUACUCUUCUAGUGAACCGCCUAGUUGGGAUGACUUCUUUGCUAGGUACGGGUCGUACAUCCUAAAGUGUGAUGUUGCUAUUCCCCCGCUCGAUUUCCGCAGGCUCAAACGUUUUGCGUGUGGAUGCGGCCGCAAGGCCUCUGGACUCGAUGCGUGGGACUGCGAGGCUUUCAAGCUUUGGCCUGACAUCGUUUGGUGUCGCUUGUGCGAACUUCUUACUGUGAUUGAGAAGUGUGGCGUCUGGCCGAGUAAUCUCCUUAAUUUGCUUGUCACAUUAAUUCCAAAGCCAAAUGGCGUCUCGACAGAUGACGUUCGUCCAAUCACAAUCGCGUCAAAGCUUUAUCGCGCAUGGGCCACCCAUCGCGCGCGGGACUUAGCAUCUUGGCAGGCCAAAUGGGCACCUCCCCAGGUUUAUGGCGGAGUUUCCGGGCGCCGCUCCUCCGACUUAUACCUCAGAGUCGCCCUUGAACUUGAACAUGCUUGCAGUGGGGGGGCACCUCUUGCCAUUUUACUGCUUGAUUUGUCCAAAUUUUUUGACCGUCUUCCGUGGCAGAUCGAGUAUCCUUUACUCGAUCACUUUGGCUGUCCCACCCAGGUUUCCGGACCCAAGCGCCACAUGGCCACGUGUGCUCAUCGUUGGUUCCGCCUCGGCCCUUCUGUGGCCUCACCGCUUCUUUGCACGAAUGGGACUCCACAAGGAUGCCCCCUGUCUGUCAUUUCAGUAAACGCCUUGACGGCGGUCUGGGCCCGCGUCUUACGCGCUGAAGCCCCUGAUACACAGAGUGGUGCUUUUGUUGACGAUCGUUCGUUGCGGGCUUGCUCUCGUCCAGCCCUUCAGAAGGGCGUCGACCUCACUGACGAGUUUGACCGUGGCCUGAUGUUCAUGACAUGUGGACCUCGGUGUGGCAUCACCGUGCAGGCUCAGGUGUGCAAGGUCGUUUCGGCCUUGGUGCCCAGGUGGAAUUCCGUUCGCAGUCAAUUUACCCUGCCUUCUGUGUCCGUCAUUCAGGGGUGGGAAGCAUACACCAACCUUUGUGGCAUCUUUCCUGUGCCUGAUUGCCUGCAGGCUGUCAUCUCCCGCCUUUCCGCGGAGGACUUCUCUCUGCCCCGUCUUGCUCUGCCUGAAGGUGAAGGUAUCCUCGACGUGUGGGUUGAUGGCUCCGUCAUCCACCGCCAUGACCCGCGUAUUGCGCGUGCUGGUGCGGGGAUCUUUUUUGCACCCGAUUCCCCCUUUAAUUUCGGUUUUGGCAUCUUAGGCCCUGUGCAAUCUGUCGAGCGCUCCGAGCUCGCUGCCUUCUGUGCCGUUGCGUGUGCUUCAGCUCGGCCUCUGCACAUCCGUACUGAUUGCCAGUAUGUUGUGGACGGAGUCCAGUCUUGCCUUCUUGAGCGUCAUCUUUGGGAGCCCGACGACGCGUUGUGGCUACAACUUGCAAACACUCUCCGUGCUCAUCCCGAAAAUUGGUUGCAGGUUUCUAAAAUCCCUGCUCACACUUCUCCUGAUGACGUUACUGCGAACCGCAUCUCUUCUCUUGAUCGCCUUGGCAAUGCUGGCGCUCAUAAACUUGCUGUUCAAGCGGCCAAAACUCGUUUGCCGGAUGCUCGGGUCUUCCAGGCCCUGAUCGGGCAUGAUCGCCUUGUACUCGCUGCCCACCGCUGUAUGAUUGCGGUUGUGAAUGCCCGAAAUGCCGAAUCCGUCAAGAUGGGCAUUUUUGUGCCCGUUCGUCACCGGCAAUCUGAUGAAUACGACGGUUGUGCUUCGGAAGGGUCGGAUGCUGACGAAAUGCCCGCGCCCGCUACACCCAAAACGAAUGACCCGCGGGCUCGGUUGAAGGUGCUUCGGCUACUCUUGAUUGGAGGUUUAAUGAACCCAGAACGCAACCACCGCCACAGACGACACCAGGGUACCAUCAAGUGCAGGUGUGGCGGUUCCCCCGACCUCUUCCACAUUUCUUGGCGCUGCCCUCUCUACCAGCAUCACAGAGCACCACUGCGGUCUUUGCUACGGUCCUUCGCGUCUUUUCCCGUGUGCUUUAAAGCAUGUGCCAUUGUCAAUGCCCGUAUGCGCAUGUCCGUUCAGAACGUCCACCGCAUCCAGACCAUGUUGGUCGACAUCUGGCAAGAGCACAUCCAGUCUUUCACUGAUGAUGCGCAGGGCGCGACGGUACAACCACCAGCGCCACCCCCUGGGCCGCCGCCUUCCGAUCCACCCGUACAGCAGGCACAAGCUGUGCCGGCUGAGCGUCGUGGACACGUCAUUCAAGCCCGCCCUGAUGGCGGUCUUUUCUGCGUCAAGUGCGGCAAGCAAACACAAUACACCAAGCACCUCCGUGCCAAGAUAUUGAACAAGGUCUGUCGCAACAAGGACCUUCCCCAGGCCAGAUGGCUCACCGCCCCAGGCCGGAUGCAGGCCACGUCUAGGCCCAGGCUCGAUGAUCUUCAGGCCAACCUUCAGGAUGUGCUCAACACGGGCCAUCAUCACAUUGUGUGGAAUCGCAAAAACGGCAAAGACGCUGCCAAUACGGUGAUCGUCCUGUCCGGGACUCUUCUUACCCUGUGGUGCGAUGUCAACGGCAUGUUAAAGAGCCCAGCCUGUAUGCUUAUGCAGAUGGCAUUUGGACCUCGUAACACCCUGUCCAUUGCCACGCUUAACACGCAAGGCAUGUCAUGGCACCACUUGGGUCAUCGUGACAAGCUGCUUUUCCUUUUGCAGUACAUGAGAAAGACGAAGUUGGACAUGCUUUCGCUUAGUGAAAUGCAUGCCACUCAGGGCCCUUGUGUGGUCCAUCUUGAAGAAUUCGUUUUGGUUACCAACAACAAAGCUGGAUGGUUAAUGACGCUUGAGAUGUAUGUCCACUGGUCUGAGUCGCAGUACACGCGUUGGGAUGGUGGAGACAACAUUUGUGCAGUGCAAAUUCCUCUAGGUGAACGAGUCUACGUUUUCGUUUCAGUCUAUAUGCGGCCAUCAAAUUUGGUUAAAGAGAGGAGGCAAGCUCUUAUGGACUUGGAUUCCAUCCGUCAAUGUUUUCCUGCUGAUGCUGUAGAAGUGAUCAUGGGCGAUUGGAAUGCUCAUGGAGGAAAUGAUUACCCGGGUGAUGCCACACACACGGGACUUCAUGCUCUUCCAACGCCAACGACGUUAGGAGGUCGCAUCCACAGGGCCUGGUUGCACACCACUUCGUUGUGCAUGAUCGACAGCUUCAAACCUUCAGCACGUAGGGCUACACGGCGACAUAACCAGACAGGCAAACUUUAUGAGCUGGAUUUCAUAUGUGCUUCGCAGGAGAUCCGACAUCAGUUCCAAACACCGGUCACUUUCACAUGUGCGAUUAGUGACCAUUGGGGAAAGCAAGUUGUCAUGCAUCUUUCUGCUCCAGGCAAGCAUCAGCUUCGUGUCCGUCGGCGUGAGAGAUUUCGUCACUUUCAGCGCUGCAAGGAGCUCCAACAGGCCAAGGGCAAGCUCAACAUGCAGGCACUGCGAGGACCCUCUGAAACUGCGGGUUGUAAACGCCAGCAGUUUCGUGAGUCUGUGGAACGUCAACUGGAGGACCGUGGUGUGCCUCUGCCCCAAGAGGCCCAGCAAACACCACCUCUUGAUGAUCCUAACUGCAUUGAGCUGUACACUGAUGGCAGCCAUGGGGAGGCAGGCGCUACAAGCGCAGGCUGGGGACUUUUUGUGAUAUGUGGGUCACACACAGAGUCAUAUUAUGCCCCGGUUGUCAUUGAUGCCAGCAAGCCAGGCUUUCAUGGAGCGGAAGGCCACUCUAACAAUGUAGCAGAACUUGAAGCUAUCGGGAUGGCGCUUAAAUGGCUACAGCGUUUUGGUACUCCGAACACACAUGUUCGCAUUCGUUAUGAUAGCCAAUAUGCGGCCAACAUGGUGCAAUCUCUUUGGCGUGCCAACAAUAAUACUCAGUUGGUGGCGUGGGUUCAGAUCCAAUUGGAACACGUGAAGCGUAAAGGAGUUCAUGUUCAUUGGGACUACGUCCCAGGCCACACUGGUAUAUGGGGCAACGACAGAGCGGAUGCGCUUGCCAAGUUAGGCUCUCAUGGUAAUUGUUGCCUUUUUGAAGCCCAUGUGCUGGCCAAGACGUCUGAAUUGCAUGCGCAUUCGAAACAACCUCCGCGCAGGAGGCGAGUGGUCAAAGGUGGCGGACCUCAACCUCGUCCUCCAUGGGAGGACGGUCAAGGCACUCCGUGGUUUUUGCAGGGCUACACAGCCGAGCCGGAACCUCCGGCACUUGAUUGGGAAGGACUUGCUGAAGUGCUUGUCUCAGGUGUUGAGGCAGUCGCGGGCCGUAUGCGCCCAAUGGCUGUCGGCAGUCCGUACAGUGACGAGGACCUGGAGACAUUGCACCAACUCAGGGCCGAUCUCAAUGCGGUGUGGGAGCAGAUUCGACAGUCGACAGAUGAGCAGCAGAUCCUUGAGCUCAAACGGCAGCACAAGCUUCUCAAUCGCAGUAUACAGCGCUUCCGUGUUCAAGCCAGAGGUCGUUUUGUCAAGUCGAUUUGCAAGGAGGCGGAGGAACACAUGCAUUUCCACGACUUAGGCAAGUUUUAUCAGUCUCUCAAGAAGCUUGGCGUCCAUAUUGGUGAACAGUCCAUGGCAGGCAAAAUGACCCACAAUUUGUCGGACAUGAGGAAACAUUGCAAAGACAUUGGCAGUAAUCUUGUACCUGUGGCUGAAUCCAUGCUUGACUCGGUUCCACCGGGAGAGGUGGCACACUGGCUUGGGGCCACCCCCACGGAUACUGAGAUCGGGCAAUCUCUCCGUAAGGUGCGAGACUGCGCAGCUGGCCAUGAUGAAGUAACGGCUGGCAUGUUGCGUUGGGCCGGCCCUCGGGCCCAAUACUGCAUUUAUUCCCUCAUUAGAUACAUGUGGCAGGCACCUUCAGAGGACUGGGGUAGCACGGUGCGGCUUGGCAUUGGUUUUUACCUGUACAAACAAAAGGGUUGCAAACAGGAUCUGUCCAACUAUAGAGUGAUCAUGCUGUUAUCCACGCUCAGUCGCGUCCUCGGUCGUAUCGCAGCAGAUCGAUUACAAUCCUGGGCAGAGAGUGCUGGAUGGAUGCAUGAAUUUCAGUGGGGUUUUCGAGCUCACAGACGCUGCACAGACCCCUCGCUGGUUCUCACCCUUGUGUUGGAAAUGGCAAACUCAUGCCGUAAGCCUGAAGAUGGCACGUGGGAUCCGUUGGUGUUGGUCUGCUAUGACAUCAUCAAGGCUUAUCCCAAAGUACAGCGGCAUCUUGCAUGGAGGCUCUUUCACCGGCUGGGAGUCCCGGAUGCCAUGCUGCGUGUACUAUCAGGGCUGCAUGAUUCAACCACUUACCAGAUUCGCCAAGGCCGUGAACUCAGUGAUCCUUUCAAUCUUUUGAUUGGUUUUAGGGAAGGUUGUCCCACGUCGCCCAUAUGCUUUUCCAUCUUCCACAACUUUGCCAUUAAUCGUUUUCUUGCCCUACGACAACAGCGUGGUGAUGAUGGAGUCUUGUUCUCGACGAACCCGGGCACUCAAUUCAACUUGCGCCGUCGCCUGCAGCAGACAGAUGCGAGCACAGAAUACCUCCACUUGCUUGCGGUUCUGUUUGCAGACGACACCACAGGCGUCACGCGCGCUUCUGAACUGGAAGUUUUUGAGCGAGAUAUGGCGAAGGCUUUGGGGGAUUUUGUAGAGACACUUCAUGCAGGCAAAACUCAUCGUCUGAAAGCUGACGUCAUGCCGCCGGCCAACAGUGCUUUCGAUGAGGCAGUGCGUUUUCUUGGAGUGUGGCUACAAUGGGAUGGGAAACAUGACCGUGACACUAAGGAACACCUCGCGGCAGCCAACAAGUUAUGGGGUAAGCUUUCCCGUCAGCUGGGCCGCUUAGGCCUCACUGUGAAGGACAAGGGCGUGGUGGUCAAGGCUACUGUCGUGAACUGUCUUUUGUUUGGAUGUGAGAGGCGCACGUUUUCCAGUCGUCAACUCGCUGAUUAUCAACAACUACUGAAUCGCAUCACGUUUGCAAUCUGCUCUCAGCGGCGCAGGACGAUGUCUGAUGAUCAGGUGACGUUAGCUGACUUACGCAAAAAAUGUGGCCUGCUGCCUGUGCGACACAUGAUUGAGUAUAGACAGCUUCAGUAUCUCGGACACUUAGCUCGGCUGCCCGAGUCGCGCUUGGAACGUCAGUUUCUUUGGGCGGCCAUGUGGCCGGAGUCUGAGUUCAAGAGUUUCAAGACUGGAACACUCCUGCGUCACACGUACUGGCGGCUACUGCAACAGGUGUUGGCGUUCUCUGACCUCUCCAAAGACCAAUGGGCCUCCUCCUGGACGCACCUUGCAGUGAAACAGGAUGGUACGGUCUGGCGAGGUCUGUUGAAGCGAUGGCACCAAGCCAAGAUGCAGAGGGAGACUGGUUACGAAUGGAAAAACAAGCAUUCUGCGGAUGGCCUUACAGCUGCUCGUCGUGCUGCGGCAGCUGAAAGGGCUCGACUUUCCACGGGCGCUCUGCUACAGCCUAGUGGGAAGUAUUUGUGUCCGCAUCCUGAAUGUGGGGUCCAGAUGCUGCUCGGCGAACAAGGGCAGUCCAGCGUGAGCAACGUGAACGUCGAGUCGCUGAAAGUGCACCUCAACCAGUUCGUCGCAGGCCAGCUGCUGCUCCACUGGCGGCGCAGGCCCCAGAGGGGCCCCCGGCGCCUCCUCCUGUACCUGGACCCGCUCCUGUUCGUGCUCGGCGUCUUCGUUUCAAGCAAGAGCGACCGGCAGACUUCCCGCGACCUCUUGAGGAAGUUUGGCCUCAACGAUGGCUUGACCAGGAAACAGUUUAUCAGCGUGGCAAGGCUUUUCAAGAGCGGGCGCGACCGAUGUCGACAACCGAUUUGCCUGCUCCUCGACGUGGUGGUGCAGACCCUGCAGAUCCCAAAAAUCUACGGCGGCAUGGCUUCGCAGCACCUUGCAGCAGCCCUUGCGUACAGCAACCCGUCCAACAAGCGCCUGCGGGACGAGCGAGGACAGCCAGUUGUUCGACCCGACGCCACUUCUACGGACGCCGAGCUGGUCACCAAGCUGCUUCGCUCACACCUCCUUCAAGGCAACAGUGUCCAGGAGCUUCUCAACUCGGCCAACUUGUGCUUGCUGGUCAAAGCGGAGGAGGACAAGACCCACCUGGUGCGUCUUCUAGAUGCCUACCAUGCGAAGCAGCGCGACAACGCUUUGACUCCAGAACAACGGCGUCAAGGACAACAGCCGAAGCCACACGAGUGGGGUUCCCGCAAGGUGUUCGCCUGCAGUGCCGUGCUAGAGCGCUUGCACGCUCAACUGCCGGACGGCCCUGGCAAGGAAGCAGUGAAGGCACUCAACGAGAUGGCUGGGGACGACCUCGAGCUUUACCUCGCCAACUGCGCUCCCGAGCACGCUACUCCGAAGGAAGGCCGCCCGUGGAAGUUCAAGGUCAGUUUGACGCCCCUGGCUCCAGACAGCUUCCGUGUGCACUGGACCUGCCUGUGCAAGGAGUUGGCCCGAUCCAAGAAUCUUCAGUGGAUGCUGGAGCCGAUGAGAGCCCCGCAGACACAAGUGCAGAAGGAGCUUUGGGAGUCUCUCAAGGAGGAGUUUCGUAAAAACGCGUGGGUGGAGGGCCCUGCGGCGCGAUUGCGGAGGAGGCUAACAAGGUUUGCAGGGGAUGAUGAUGUUCUGGGGAAUUUUGCCACGGAGGAGUACAGGCAAAAAACUGCAGUGCUGCGCUUGUUGCUUGCAGGUUUGUUCACUACAGUCUAUGUUGGUGGAUAUUGGCGGCGCAACAUAGCAGCGUUCCAUGAUAAGCAACAACACUACCAAGAGGUGGUGAGGGAGGCUGUGAGAAAUGCGGGUGACGGGAGUGUGGUGCCGCAAUUGGAACAAGUUAAGACCACCCGUGUCCGCAUUGCAAGACUGAUUUCUGGACGGCUCAUGCAAAAGGACGCAGUUUUCCUUUCUUUUGUUCGACUACAUGCAGUUUUUUGGCCCACCUCGUUUUUCUCGUACGCCCGUCCGGUGCGGAGCAUGGCACAGCCACCGGCGUUCCUGGCAGAGGUGAAGGCCAACCUUGCACCAGCACAGCAGGGACACAAGCGCCGUGCUGGACCGGAUGGUGCGCCGCUGGGCGGCAGCGCUAGCAGCGGCAGCAAUGACCAGCUGCUUAUGGAUCUCCUUCGCUACUCGCUGUACAAGGGACAAGACGUACAGGCCCUGGUCAACGCUUGCUCCUUCGCAGUGCUCCUCACGGCUGAUGACACCAGACAGUCCGUGCACACGGCUAUGGAGGCUUACAACCAGAAGCAGCUUGAGCAGCAUGGUGGUGACCUUGCUGGUGCCAGGGCUAAGGCAAGAACAGAAGGUCGACCACUGGCUGCACACCCUUGGGGCUACAAGAAGUACUACAACUUUGUCACCUUGGUCAACUUGCUCAAAAGUCAUGGCGUCGGCUGGCCAGACAAGCUCCAGGAAGCCGCUGAUCUCCUUAUUGCUCUGCCGGCGGAGACAGUCGACCGGGAGAUCUCUGCCUGCUCUAGCAAGUUCCGCACCCCGUUGGAGAAGCGUACGUGGAAAGUCUCCAUCAUGCUUUCAGCAGCAGCAUCCACCGACACUCGUGAGGCUUUGCUACUUUCUUGGACUGCAAGUGUGAAGGAGUCAAGUUUGAGCCUUCCCGCGAAGGAUGGCCUCACCGGCAGCGCCUGGGGAGACUGGGCUAACUACCGCCUCGCCAUCGCGGACCAAUGCACCAUCACCGAAUCCUACCCAGUCGAAGCCAAAGUCAUCGACUGCCUACUUGAUCGUCUACAUCAUCGAAUACAAACUCUGCAACAACAACUCAUCCAAGAACGCCUCCAGCGACAUACUCAGCGUCUCAUUGAGGAUUGGCGUGGUACAACAAAGCAAACAUACAAAUGGCUAAAAGACGCGGACCCGUACAUCACUCCAUGCUUCAAGGUACCUGAUGGCUUCGCCACCAAACACAAGGAUUUGCACAAGAUGAUGCUCGAAACUUGGGAGCCAAUCUUUAACAGAUACAGUGACCGUGACCCUCCACAGUACGAUGACUUCAAACAACAGCUUGGUGGUAUUCUCGACAACAACCUUCCUUUUUCGAAUACUGCGCCAUUUGACGUACCGCCCUUCAAUGAGGACAUUGUCUACGAGCACUUACACAAGCUCAAAAUUUCCGCCCCUGGUGCCGAUGCAUGGCAGGUUCACGAGCUCAAGUGCUUAGGCAAACGAAGUCUACACAACUUGGCGAAACUCUACAAUGCCAUUGAGCUCCACGGCAUCUGGCCUACCUGUCUACUUGAUGUUCCUGUAGCAACAAUCAAGAAGAAAACAGGCGAGUCAGCACGGGACAUACGUCCUAUUUCACUGGCUUCCCACAUAUACCGGCUUUGGGCUGGAGUCCGCUUCAAACAACUUCGUCCAUGGAUGGACUCCUGGAUUCCAGACUCGUUACGAGGCGGUGUGCACGGCCGAGAUACCACUGACAUUUACUAUCAUUUGGCGCUGGACAUUGAACACUCCCACUCCAGAAACACCUUGUUUGGCAUCUUAUUCGAUUUCCAGAAGUGUUUUGACAACAUACCAUGGAGCAUCGAGGAGGGCCUUCUUCGUGAUCUUGGACUGCCUCCACAGGUAGGCAAAUCCAUGUAUUACUUUGCUCGGCACACGAGACGACGAUUUAAACUGGGAUCAUCCGUGGGGCCCGUCAUGAAGAACACAAACUCCAUCAUGCAAGGAUGUCCGCUAGCCAUCAUACGCAUCAACUGUCUCAUUGCAGCCUGGAGCGAUUGCAUCAGCAAAAACACAUCCUUGCCUACCUGCAAGCUGGGAGCUUUCGUUGAUGACAGGAGUAUCAGAUCCACAUCCGUCGGUGAACUUCAACAAGCCAUUGACGUCACGGAGCAAUUUGACGCCGCAAUGGACGCAAUUAUUGAACAUAGCAAAACAGUCGUUUUCGCCACCAGCACUGCCGGACGUCAACAAGUUGAACACCUGACGUAUCAACAAAAGGCCUUGCACUCAGCUACGGACGAGCGACUACUUGGAGGACACCUUUCUUUCACAAAGAGACGGGCCAGAAAGCUCGCGGAUCAUCGAGCCAACCAGUAUCUUCAAGUUGCAAGACGCGCAACUUUGUGUCCGCUGAACAUCGAAGCUCGAGAAAUCCUGCUUUCUACUGCCGGUGCCCCCAAAUAUCAUUACGGACUCGAGCUCGGUCCUUGCUCAGUGUCCCUCGAGAGAACUCUCAGAACCACCAUCGUGAAUGCACUCUGGCACAAACGGAGCUCCAGGUGCAUUGAUGUUGUAUUGAGCAUCUGUCACAGAGGACACAGAUUCGAUCCAGCUCAACUUCGUAUGAUCAAGCGUUUUCAAAUUGCUCGACGCCAGCUUCUUAAACAUCAAGAUCUUCGUCAACUCUGGCAGGACAUCUUUGCUUUUACGGCACAGAAACGAGCCAGCUUUCGAGACGGACGGACGAAUGCUGUUGGACCUUUAGCCAUUAUCCAACAAGCUGCAAACAGUAUGCAGUGGACCUGGGCAUCGCCUUUCUGUUUCGAAGUUCCCGUUGGCCACAACAAGACCAUCACCUUCAACAUUUUGGACAACUCCGACGACUACUUCUUUCACAUUCUUCGACUUGGGGCUUCCCGUGCUCUUUGGGCGAGAGCCGCUACUACCAGAAAAGACAUGAAGGGCAUCCAGAUUGGCAUUGACAAAACCACCACCCUUCAACUUUACAGACGGAAAACCUAUGCGCAAUACAACAAAGGCAUUUUGCGCUCGAUCUUCGCUGGUGCCGUUUCCACGCAACACUCACUUUACAAGUCCAACCAGACCAAUCACCCCAGAUGCAAGUUUUGCUGGUGUGCGGAUGAGACAAUACACCAUGUAUUUUGGCAGUGUCCACAAUGGCAACAUCUUCGAGACGAACAUUUGCCUGGACAGCUCUUCCAGACAACCCUGCAACUCCCUAGUUGCACGAUGCGCACUGGCUUAUUCCUUCUUACAGAACAGCAGUCAUCACACAUUGUUCAACAGCACGAGGACCCGACUGUUUCCAGAAACUGGCCUACCCACCACUACGCUCAUGCGCCGAAGAUGCAAGAGAUGAUGGUAGAUAUCAUCAAAGCACGCAACAAUACCGAUGCUGCUGAUCCACCUGAUGAUUUUGAUCCGGACGUUUACAAAAAGACUCCCAAAACGAAGCGGGAGUCUGGACAUGAUUCCGAACAAGUUGCUCCGAAACAACCUCCUGCUGCGGCUCCUGACCACAGAAAUCCGAAAACCGAUGACGAUGGCCUGCUGCUUUCUACUUCACUACGUCCUGGUGGUUCCCGUUUUCAAUAUGUCCAGCUGAAGAAAAGCGUUUAUCGUGCUGUUAUCCCUCGUGGCUCCAAGCGACACUCCAUUGGUCCUUUUGAUACUGAAGAGGAGGCCGCACGAGCCGUCAAGGAUUUUUUGGAGCGAUGGGACUCUGGAGAAGCUCCCGUUACACGCGGUUCGAAACGCGAGGACAAGCGCACCAAACAUUUACAAGAAGAGCUCAACAAGCUCAACAAGACUGCCAAAGCUGAAGGACGUCACCAAAUCCUUGACGUCAACACACCAGUAUGUACUUUCUGUGACAAAUCAGUGCAGCGAUAUCAUAUCCUGACUUUUGCCUCCAGACAAUGCAAUCACAUUUCUGAGAAAGCGGAUGCCGCAGGAUCUACUACCAGAGCUACUACUCUUUCAAACACCAGACAAGCAGCCCUCGACAAUGACAUCCAUACUCACAAUCGCUCAGCAAAAGCAAACAGCAAACACUUCAUCAUCAAUUUUAGCAAUCCUACAUGCAAAUGGUGCAAGAAGCAAGUCGCCAGAGGCAGAGCUCGUCAGUUCAUGAAGCAGCACUGCAAGAUGUCUGUUUAA